AUGCCAGACGAACCCGCGGAUCCAGUCUUGCGCGAUAAUGAACCGAUUACACCGGCUGUCAAGACUACAGGCCCUCCGCCAGUCAACAAUCCAAGCCUUCCGAUUGUCAACGACGCAUUGGACAUCUUGCGUGGGCCGCUACUGAAUUAUAAGGGCAUGCAAAUUGUUGAGUCCGAGGUCCCGGCGUUCUGGCAUGGGAAUGUCUUGAUCGUUGCCAACCCGCUCGAGUGCCUCGGGAUCCGGAGCCAGAUGGGCCAGAGCGGAUGCUCACUGCCAAAUGACAUUGACGAGCCUGAGAACGUACGCAAGGGAUCGACUUCCAACCCACCAGAAGUACGUCAUGCGAGUGGGAAUUCUGUCGUCAAGCACUAUUCAGACUCAGUCAAAGAGUUCUGGCGUUUUGCAGUAGAUUUUGCGCUUAAGGAUCACAAAGCACGCUGGCAGUAUGCACUGACAAACGAACGACCUUCUGGCAGCGAACCAUGA